UCCUCAUGACUCACCUUCCUCUUAAUUUCGUCCAUCCAUCAUCUCCAGCCACUGCUCUGAUCAUCAUCACCAUCUCAAAAGUCAUAAUUUCCUGCGCGCGGAACCACCAUGGAAGGAAAAGUUUACAGUAAUAAUACUACCCAAGAUGGCACUGUAGAUUUUCGCGGACGCCCUGCGCUGGCUUCCAAAACUGGGAAAUGGAGAGCUUGUGCCUUCCUUGUCGGAUAUGAAGCGUUUGAGAGGAUGGCGUUUUACGGAAUAGCAUCAAAUUUAGUGGUGUAUCUGACGACCCAACUGCACGAAGACACAGUGGCAUCGGUGAGGAACGUAAACAGCUGGUCAGGAGUGGUGUGGAUGACCCCCAUCCUCGGUGCCUACAUUGCCGAUUCCUAUCUGGGUCGCUUCUGGACCUUCACCAUUUCCUCUCUCAUUUACGUCUUGGGAAUGGUGCUUCUCACAAUGGCAGUUUCACUAAAAUCUCUGAGGCCAACUUGUGCAAAUGGAGUGUGCAACAAAGCCUCCCCUUCAAUGAUUGCCUUCUUCUACUUAUCCCUUUACAUCAUCGCAAUAGGCGCCGGUGGAACAAAGCCUAACAUAUCAACCUUCGGUGCCGACCAAUUCGACGAUUUCGACCCCAAGGAGAAGAAGGUCAAGGUUUCCUUCUUCAACUGGUGGAUGUUCAGCUCCUUCCUGGGAGCCUUGUGCGCCACCAUUGGCCUUGUGUACAUCCAAGAGAACUUGGGAUGGGGUUUAGGGUACGGUAUCCCCACGAUAGGACUCCUAUUGUCCCUAUUUGUAUUCUACUUAGGGACCCCGAUUUAUAGGCACAAGGUCAGGAAGACCAAGUGCCCUGCCGGCGACCUCGUCCGUGUCCCCGUCGCUGCCUUCAGAAACAGAAAGCUUGCACUCCCCAGCCAGCCCUCUGAGCUUCAUGAAUUUGAAAGGCAACAUUACAUCAACUCUGGGAAACGGCAGGUACACCACACCCCCGUUUUCAGGUUCUUGGACAAGGCUGCUAUCAAAGCGGAGUUGGGCUCCUCAAGCCCACCAUGCACUGUAACCCAAGUGGAAGGAAUCAAACUGGUAGUGGGCAUGAUCCAGAUAUGGCUAGUCACCCUUAUCCCCAGUACCAUCUGGGCUCAGAUCAACACUCUGUUCGUGAAACAAGGCACCACCCUGGACCGCCACCUUGGCCCAACCUUCCAAAUCCCCGCCGCCUCCCUGGGCAGCUUCGUCACCCUCUCCAUGCUCCUCUCCGUCCCCAUGUACGACCGCUUCUUCGUCCCCCUCAUGCGGCGGAAAACCGGAAACCCCAGGGGCAUCACCCUCCUCCAGAGGCUGGGCAUCGGAUUCAUUAUCCAAGUCAUCGCCAUAGCCACCGCCUACGCGGUUGAGGUCAGGAGAAUGCGCGUGAUAAGGGAAUCCCAACUCACGGGGCCCAAGGAGAUUGUUGUCCCCAUGAGCAUAUUCUGGUUGCUGCCCCAGUACGUGCUUCUGGGCGUGGCGGACGUGUUCAACGCCAUUGGACUGCUGGAGUUCUUCUACGACCAGUCGCCGGAGGACAUGCAGAGCCUGGGCACCACGUUCUUCACGAGCGGGAUCGGCGUCGGGAACUUCCUGAACAGCCUGCUGGUGACGGUGGUGGACAAGGUGACAGGGAGGGGAGGGGGGAAGAGUUGGAUUGGGAACAACUUGAAUGAGUCUCGCUUGGACCAUUACUACGGGUUCCUUUUGGUGAUAUCUGGUUUGAAUCUGUUGGCGUUUCUGUGGGCGUCCAGUAGGUACGUUUACAAGAGGGAGACUGUGGAAGUGAAAGAGGGGAGCAUUCAAGUUGAGGGGAAAACCCUGGACACGUCCCCCCUUGGAUUACAAGUAUGAAUUUGAAUUUUGCAUUUGUGUGAGUUUGUUGUGGGUACUCGGUUAAAUAUAUAUAAAAAAGCUAGCCCUAAUUGAUUAUUUUGUAGUAGUAGUAGUAGUGGUAGUAGUAGGCCAAGGUGGGGGUAAAACCAUAAAAGAAUGACCUUGAUUUGGUAGUUAUAGCUAGUGUUGAUUAACAGGGAGAUGGAGUGAAUUCAAGGCUUUUGUGGGCUAGGGGGUAAUUACGUACCAGUGAUGAUAAACUGAUUGUUGUAGUAGUGCAGCAAAAUUUUAUCCUCGGUAUAAUAAUAAAGGCAUGCUACUUUCCUAUAA